CGAACAAUGGGGGAUCAAAAGGCAGAGCGCGAGAUGACUGCGCGUGCCCGCUCUGCGCGCGCCCUCCCAGCUGUGCCCACCUACCGCCGCCGUUGUCAUGGUGACCCAGAUACCCGCCUGAACGGGUACGGUGCGUGCACGAGCGGCAGGAAGGAGGGAGGAAAGGAAGGUAUGAAGGAAGGAGGGAGGGGAGCUAGUCCGUGAAAGAGGAGGAGGAGAAGGAGGAGAAGGAGGAGGAGGAGAGGGUGUUCUGCCGAGGUGGACGUGGCGGGUCCGGAGGACUGAGCGACAACAGCUGAGGGGAAGCCGAACCGAACCGAACCAGGCCAGCCGGCCAUGAAACGGACCACCCGCGGGCUGGUUGCAGUCAGGUGACGGCGCCGAGGUGUCGGACCUUUGCCUCAUCCUAGGAUUCCUCUCAGGGCGUCUCCCCACCCCACAGCCAUCGGAUCAGGACCAGAACCUCCAGCGGGCGUGGAGGAGGAGGCGGCGGCGGCGGGGCGUGUCGACCUCGGCGUUUCUUCAGGUGUCGGUACCGAGCGCGGUGAGGAGGAUUGGCUCCGCCCCUCACCAUGACGGACUUGGAGGCUGAGUGUCUGGGCCUCGGGCUGCCGCCGGACUGCGGUUCCCCUCCCCCGCUUCUGGACGGCGCCCUGCAGGCGGACUGCGGCGCGGGACCCGGCGGGGCGGCGCCGGCGCCCACCCUGGCCCUCCUCUCCUCGGACUGCGCCACGCCCACGCUCAGCUCGCUGGCGGCGGAGAUCGCCGAGCCGCUGGUGAUGCUGCCGUGCGUGAAGAGCGAGCCGGAGGACGUGGACCUGGACCCCAUCCGGACCGUGGACCUGUCCGAGAUCCAGCCGCUGUCCACCGCCGAGCUGGGCCACGACCAGAUCAAGAUGGAGAUCAGCGGUCUGGACUACAUCAAGUCCGAGCACCACGGCCAGAACCAGCUGGGCCCGUUCCACCACUGCGACGCGUCCGACCUGGACUACAAGUCGCACUACGAGCCCUGCUCCGUGUUCGACUACAUCUCCCAGGUCACAGACACCCUGGACUACAUCAAGUCGGACCACGCCGUGGACCUCCACUGCUACUACAGCGCCGGGCUCGGCGCCAUCAAGUCCGAGUACCCAGAAUCCCACGGCGUGGCGGCCCACCUGCACCACAACGGCCUGGAGUCCAUCCACAUGGCCGAGCUGCGCACCGAGCUCAACAAGCUGCGGCCCGACGCGCUGCUGCUGGACGCCAUGGGCAAACCCGACCACGACUUCGGCGACGGCACGCUGUACGAGCUGCAGCCCGCCGCGGCGGGGCGGGCGGGCCCGGCCGGCGCCGCCAAGACCCAGAGUCCCACGGUGCGGAAGCCCCGGAACAUGCAGGGGGAGAAACCGUUCUCCUGCACCCAGUGUGGAAAGAACUUCAGCACCCUGGGCAACCUGAAGACCCACCAGCGCAUCCACACCGGCGAGCGGCCCUACACCUGCUCGCAGUGCGGCAAGAGCUUCGGCCAGGCCGGCAACCUCAAGCGGCACCAGCUGAUCCACACGGGCCAGAAGCCCUACGUCUGCGCCCACUGCCCCAAGGGCUUCACCAAGGCCGACGACCUGCGCUCCCACCAGCGGCUGCACACCGGCGAGCGCCCCUUCAUCUGCGCCGCCUGCGGCAAGAGCUUCGGCCAGUCCAAGGAGCUGAAGGCGCACCAGCUGAGCCACACGGGCGAGCGGCCCUUCUGCUGCCAGCACUGCGGCAAGAGCUUCACCAAGGAGACCAGCUACCGCAACCACGUGCAGAUCCACACGGGCGAGAAGCCCUUCACCUGCUCGCAGUGCGGCAAGACUUUCAGCAACUCUGGCGUCCUCAAGACCCACGAGAAGAUCCACACGGGCGAGCGGCCGUUCGGCUGCACGCAGUGCGGCAAGAGCUUCGGCCGCCUGGGCCACCUGAAGGCGCACCAGCAGAUCCACACGGGCGAGCGGCCGUACGCCUGCCCCCGCUGCGGCAAGACUUUCAGCCAAUCAGGGCACCUCAAAGCACACGAGCAGAUCCACAAGCGGGAGCGGGGCGACGGCGCCGGGGGGGGCGGAGCCAGCAGCGACGGCGGCGGCGCCAUGAGCGGCGGCGACAGCAGCAGCUAGAGCCGACCUUUGACCUCCGGAGAAACAAAGUAUUAUUCCUGUUUUUAUACGAGCGCUUUAGAACGUUUCUUUACGCCUUUUCUUACAUUUUCAUACCUUUUGUGCUCUUUUACAUUUUAUCUGUGGGCGGCGUGACUUAUGCAAGGCUGUGUGUGUGUGUGUGUGUGUGUGUGUGUGUGUGUGUGUGUGUGUGUGUGUGUGUGUGUGUGUGUGUGUGUGCGUUCACCUUAUAUACUGUGUGUCUGUGGGGGCGGGGGGGGGAACCGGACCGGUUCUGCAGG